CAAAGACCAACAACCAAAAUUGAAGAAAAGAAAUGAGGCAAAGGUCGUCUUCUUCAUUGGCCAUCCCUCUCUUCCUCUCCUUCUUCCUCUUGAUUUCCACUUCAACCUCCCACAGCUUAACCUCUACCAACAGCAGUCUCAUACGCAAAACAUGCAAGAAAUGUGCUGAGAGCGACCCGAAUCUCAGCUACGAUUUCUGCGUCACCUCUCUUCAAGCAGCUCCCAACAGCCAUUGCGCCAACGAUCUUCGCCAACUCGGAAAGAUAUCGAUCAAGCUGCUCCGUCGUAACUUAACGAAUUCCAGGUCUUACAUCAAGGAGCUCUUGAAGAACAAAAAGAUGGAUCCUUUCGUCAGAUCAUGCUUGCAUGACUGCUUCGAUCUUUAUUCCGAUGCUAUUCUUACGGCCAAACAUGCCAUCGAAGAUUACAAGGACAAGCGAUAUGACGAUUCGAAUAUCGGUGUGAGUUCGAUCAUGGAUGCUGCCACGACUUGUGAAGAUGGGUUCAAGGAGAAAGAAGGUGUUGUUUCGCCAUUGACGAAGAGGAACAACGAUAUCUUUCAGUUGUCUGUUAUUUCACUUUCCAUUAUCAACAUGAUUCGCUUGAAUCAUGGUUCCAUUUAAUUGUUUUCUUGUUCUUCUAAAAUAAAUUCUGAGGCGUAACUUGUAA